AUGGCGGCGCCCGGAGCCCGCGGCUGCAGCCUGUCGGGCCUGCUGCCCGCGCAGACCUCGCUCGAGUACGCCCUGCUGGACGCCGUCACCCAGCAGGAGAAGGUCGACCUGGUCUACCAGUACCUGCAGAAGGUGGACGGCUGGGAGCACGACCUGGCCGUGCCCGAGUUUCCGGAAGGAUUAGAAUGGCUGAAUACAGAAGAGCCUAUUUCUAUCUACAAGGACCUGUGUGGAAAAGUGGUCGUCCUUGAUUUCUUCACAUACUGCUGCAUAAACUGUAUUCACCUGUUGCCUGAUCUCCAUGCAUUAGAACGUGCACACCCUGAUAAAGAUGGUCUUCUGAUUGUUGGUGUUCAUUCAGCCAAGUUUCCAAAUGAGAAGGUCCUAGACAACAUUAAGAGUGCUGUUCUUCGCUACAAUAUCACCCACCCUGUGGUGAAUGAUGCAGAUGCCAGCCUUUGGCAAGAACUUGAAGUUUCCUGCUGGCCAACUCUGGUUAUUCUUGGACCUCGUGGAAACAUGUUGUUUUCUUUGAUUGGAGAAGGGCAUAAAGAUAAGUUAUUUCUAUAUACUUCAGUAGCUUUAAAGUACUACAGAGACAAAGGACAGAUCAGAGAUCAUGAAAUUGCAAUACAACUCUACAGAGAUUCCCUCCCACCUUCACCUUUGCUAUUUCCUGGCAAGGUAACAGUAGACCCUGUUACCAACAGAUUGGUGAUAGCAGAUACUGGACACCAUAGGAUUUUGGUCAUUUGGAAGAGUGGACAAAUUCAACACAGUAUUGGAGGACCUAACCCUGGAAGAAAAGAUGGAAUAUUUUCAGAGUCAUCUUUUAACUCUCCACAGGGUGUUGCUAUGAUGAAUAAUAUGAUAUAUGUGGCAGACACUGAAAACCACCUUAUAAGAAAGAUUGACCUAGAAACCGAGAGGGUGAGCACCAUAGCUGGCAUUGGAAUUCAGGGCUCAGACAAAGAGGGAGGAGCAAAAGGAGAAGAGCAGCCCAUUAGCUCUCCUUGGGAUGUCGUCAUUGGGACGUCAGGUGCUGGGACCCAGAGGAAUGACGUCCUGUGGAUAGCCAUGGCAGGGACUCAUCAGAUUUGGGCUCUCCUCCUGGACUCUGGCACACUGCCAAAGAAAAGUGAGCUGCAAAAAGGAACCUGCCUUCGGUUUGCUGGAAGUGGAAGUGAAGAGAAUCGAAACAAUGCGUAUCCUCACAAGGCGGGUUUUGCCCAGCCCUCUGGUCUUUCUCUGGCCUCGGCUGACCCCUGGAGCUGCCUGUUUGUAGCAGAUAGCGAGAGCAGCACAGUGAGAACCGUCUCUUUGAAAGAUGGAGCAGUGAAGCACCUUGUUGGAGGAGAAAGAGACCCCCUGAAUCUAUUUGCGUUUGGUGAUGUUGAUGGAGCAGGCAUCAGUGCAAAGCUUCAGCACCCACUCGGGGUGGCGUGGGAUGAGAAACGGGAGCUGCUCUACGUGGCUGACUCCUAUAACCACAAGAUUAAAGUUGUGGAUCCAAAAACAAAAACCUGUGCAACCUUAGCAGGGACUGGAGACACAAGGAAUGUCAUGAGUUCCAGCUUUACUGAGUCAACUUUCAAUGAGCCAGGAGGCUUGUGUGUUGGUGACAACAGUCAGCUCUUAUAUGUCGCAGAUACUAACAAUCAUCAAAUUAAAGUGAUGGAUUUAGAAACAAGAAUUGUUUCUGUGCUCCCUAUCACCACAAGUCACAGUGCUGUGGUAGAUGGCCCCUGCCCGGUAGAGAAGCAGAAGGCAGUACCCAGAGUGCCGAAGUCUGCCCCAAACCUCCGGCUCACCCCUGUGACUGUGCGUCCUGGCCAGACUCUGCAGUUCAAGCUCAAAGUCGACCUGCCAGCAGGAGCAAAGCUGACUGAAGGCGUCCCCAGCUGCUGGUUUCUAACAGCGGAAGACAAUGAAUGGCUUCUUCAAGGGCAGAUACCAUCUGGAGACAUAGAAAACAUUUCCAAUCAGCCAACAAUUUCCCUGCGAAUUCCUGCCCAUUGCUCGUCGCUGGAAGCCAUGGUUUCUGUCAGCGUGUUCCUUUAUUACUGUAGCGCAGACAGCAGUGCUUGCAUGAUGAAGGGAAUUCUGUUCCAGCAGCCUUUACAGAUAACUGACGCCCAGCCAGCCCGCGGAGCCCCCGUGGAGCUUGCGUAUGUAUUCUAGCAAGCCAGCUCGCAGCCACUCGCCACAGCCCUUGCCCUCCAGCCCUUCCAUCUGUCACCUGUGAAAAAUAACUUCAUUUCUCACUCUAGAUUCCAAGACACCUACUGCUUAAUUUCAGCAACUAAUACUAAAAUAAAGUUAUGCUCCUUCCUAACUUUUUUAUUAUAAACAAAUCCUUCAUUCCACCCAUGCCAGUGACCAUCAUUUAAACCACAGGUAUCUUUGCUGUUAUUUGGAAAAUGGCUGAAGUCCACACUAGAGAAGAAAAUAUUGCCAUAUUUUGUUAUACAUACUGAUUAUUCCAGGUAUAUUAACCAACUUUUUGUACCUUUAUCAAUAGCAGUCAUAUUUCAAUUCAUAUGUAAAUUUCACAUUAGACAAACCUAAGCUAAAAGUGCACCUUUGUAUAAGGACACCUGCUGUGCACUGUAUAAGGUCUGUUUUAAGACAGAAAAGAAGAAAGUAUCUUCAUUACAGUAGAAGCAUAAAGAGUACAUGGGUGGUUAUAUGUGAUCUCCUCUGUAAUUUCUCUCAUUUGAGAUGUUUUAUAUUAAAAGUGUUUUGAUCUGUUUUUAUUAUAAAUUAUUUUAACAUACCAUUAUUGAUGCCUUAUAACUAUAUGUGGGAAAAAUUGAACAUAGUCUCUCUAAGGGCACAUAGACCCCUCUGUUAAUGUUUUUGUUUUGAUUCACUCACCAGAGGCAUUGUGGCUUUCAGGGAGAGGGUGGGUCCUGCUGCCUGUGCCCAGCCGCUGUGACGACCGCGCGUGCUCAAAGCGGGUGAGCUGGAAGAGUCGAGGGCAGGCUCGCUGCGUUCUGGGUGUUUGCUGUUGUCACCUUAGUUCCACUCAUAAAGCUUAAAUUAUAAUAAUUCAUUUUGUGAUGCUUUAAAAAACCCACUCAAGUCUUCAAAUUGCUAUUUUCAAUAUAAAGCGCUUUCAUGAAGUUAA